AUGACUAAAAAAUCCUCUGCGUAUAGACUGAAGGUCACAACUGCUUGCCAAAAUUGUCAACGUCGAAAAAUAAAGUGCUCGGGCGAAAUCCCUUGUACCUAUUGCUUAAAGUUGGACCGUGAGUGUCAACCCGGGAAACCUGGAAAAAAACGUGGCCCACCUCCCGGGCAAGAAAUUAUAAGAAGUCGAAAUAGUAGGUUGGAAAGCAUCAUUAACGAUGCUGUUAGGGAUCCAAAGAAACGUGAAGCAUUAAUGAAUGUUGAAGGAAUAGAACCUGAAGUUCGACAUGGAAUUGAUCUAUUAAGAUAUAGAGAUGAAAAUGAACUUCAAGUUGUUGAUUCUCUUACUAGAUUAAGACAUGUACCGCACUCGGAAAGUGGUCCUCUAACAAAAACUCCAAUUAUUAGGGAUUUAAAUGGUCAAC